GAGGCGGUGCGGGGGCGGCCGCGGUCCGGCGGGCGGCAGCCGUGCGGGUCUGUGCGGAGCGACCGUCCCGAUGGCAGCGCUGAAGUACGCGGGGCUGGAGGACACGGAUAGCGAGGAGGAGCUGCCGCCGGGCUGGGAGGAGCGCACCACCAAGGACGGCUGGGUUUACUACGCCAAUCACCUGGAAGAAAAAACACAGUGGGAACAUCCUAAGUCUGGGAAGAGGAAACGUGUUGCAGGAGGUCUGCCGUAUGGAUGGGAGCAGGAGACUGAUGAAAGUGGACAGGUCUAUUUUGUAGACCACAUAAACAAAAGAACUACCUAUCUGGAUCCGAGAUUGGCCUUUACAGUUGAAGAUAAUCCAAUAAAGCCACCUACUAGACAAAAAUAUGAUGGAAACAGUACUGCGAUGGAAAUACUUCAGGGUCGCGACUUGAGUGGAAAAGUGGUUAUAAUCACAGGAGCAAAUUCGGGAAUAGGUUUUGAAACGGCGAAGUCUCUUGCGCUGCAUGGGGCUUACGUUAUCCUGGCCUGCAGAAAUAUGUCAAGAGGCAACGAUGCUGUACAACACAUUCUUGAGGAAUGGCAUAAAGCCAAGGUAGAAGCGAUGACCUUAGACCUUGCUUCUCUUCGCAGUGUGCAGAACUUUGCUGAAGCAUUCAAAUCCAAGAAUAUGCCUCUUCACAUUCUGGUCUGCAAUGCCGCCGUGUUCGGUGCUCCAUGGAGUUUGACAGAGGACGGCCUGGAGUCCACCUUCCAGGUGAACCAUUUGGGGCACUUCUAUCUCGUCCAGCUGCUGGAGGAUGUCCUGCGCCGCUCCUCCCCUGCCAGGGUGGUGGUCGUGUCCUCAGAGUCACACAGAUUUACAGAGAUUAAAGAUUCCUCUGGAAAACUUGAUUUCAGCCUGCUUUCUCCAUCUAAGAAGGAGUACUGGGCUAUGUUGGCCUACAAUCGUUCCAAACUUUGCAAUAUACUGUUUUCCAACGAGCUGAACCGACGCCUUUCUCCCCAUGGGGUGACGUCUAACUCAGUCCAUCCUGGAAAUAUGAUUUACUCCUCCAUUCAUCGUAACUGGUGGCUGUAUACCCUGCUGUUUACCUUGGCUCGACCUUUCACCAAAUCCAUGCAACAAGGAGCUGCCACGACCGUGUACUGCGCGACGGCCGCCGAGCUGGAGGGGCUGGGUGGGAUGUACUUCAACAACUGCUGCCGCUGCCUGCCCUCGGCCGAGGCUCGCAAUGAGCUGACGGCCGCGGCCCUUUGGGAGCUGAGCGAGAGGCUGAUCCGCGAGCAGCUUGGCAGGCGGUCCCCGUGACGGAACGCCCCGCACGCUCGGAACCUGCCAGCGCUGGAGCCCGUCCAAUCUUAUCAUCUAGAGGGUUUCCGUAUACCUCCGAUAGAGAUUAACCAGUGUUAAAUGAAAUAAUAGCAGUCACAACAUAGUGAAAAAUGUUAAGUACUAAUGGGAAAUGGGGAAUACGGCGGGUUAAAGGGACAAUGCGGCUUCCUGGGGCUUAGUUAGUCGUGCUUCUCUUCUUUUGAUUAUAGCCUGUUCAAAGUGUAACCCAAGGAGGCGUGCUUUGUGCUAUUGCAGAAACGCGGUGCCACAGAUAUUCUCUGUUGUUUUGAUUAAUGGGUCAGGUAGGUAGCCCAAUAUGGGAUUUCCUCUUUAUUUUGAUAAUUACUGCCUGUUAGGCUGUAGGUAUCGAUCGGGAUAUGGUGGUGAUGUUGGUUCCUUUUCCCUGCAAGGAUUUUUUUAGGGUGUGGCGAAUAAAAAGGUUAUUAGGGAAAGAGAUCUCUCCUGCCCUUGACUGUUGGCUGCAAAUACUUCCAUGCUAUCUAAAAACAGAGGGUGCAAGAAGGCUUCUGAACAGAGAUGUCAAAAUCACAGCUAAUUAAAUAUUUCUUUUGUCUUAAAAGAUUAUAAUAAAAGAUACUUUAUAAACCAUUCCCUAAUAUAGAAUUAGCAAAGAUGAUGUUGUCUUCUAAAGAACGCACAGGGUGUAAUCAGGGGGUUAAGUGGUAUUUUCAUCCUUUUCUCACUUCACAGUUUUAAGGAGUUUGUUUUUUUCUUGGAAAAUUCACAGUUUCUCAGUUCUCCUGAUACUGUAUCCCAAUCCAAAUUUCUCUAUUUUUCUUUAAAUUUAAUAAAACAACAUGCUUGCUUGAA